GGCUUACAGUUGUUUCAGCAAGAAAAGAAGCUUUCAAUGGACCUAAUUGUAGCCCUGGUCCUUGGUGUUUCCUGUCUGCUUCUCCUCUCACUGUGGAGACAGAGCUCUGGGAGGGAGAAGCUCCCUCCUGGCCCCACUCCUCUCCCAAUUAUUGGAAAUAUCCUGCAGAUAGAUGUUAAGGAUAUCAGCAAAUCCUUAACCAAACUCUCAAAAGUCUAUGGCCCUGUGUUCACUCUGUAUUUGGGCAUGAAGCCCUCUGUAGUGGUGUGUGGAUAUGAAGCUGUGAAGGAAGCUCUGGAUGAUCUAGGAGAGGCGUUUUCUGGAAGAGGCACUUUCCCAAUAAUUGAAAGAACUAAUACCGGCGGACAUGGAGUCAUUUUCAGCAACGGAACAAAGUGGAAGGAGCUCCGACGCUUCUCCCUCAUGACCCUGCGGAAUUUUGGGAUGGGGAAGAGGAGCAUUGAGGACCGUGUUCAAGAGGAAGCCCGCUGCCUUGUGGAGGAGUUGAGGAAGACCAAUGGCUCACCCAGUGAUCCUACUUUUAUCCUGAACUGUGCUCCUUGCAAUGUGAUCUGCUCCAUUAUUUUCCAGAAUCGUUUUGAUUAUAAAGAUCCAAAUUUUCUUAACUUGAUAGGAAAAUUUAAUGAAAACUUCAAGAUUUUGAAUUCCCCAUGGAUGCAGGUCUGCAGUGCUAUCCCUGCUCUCAUGGAUUAUCUCCCAGGGAGUCAUAACAAAGUACUUAAAAAUUUUGCUUAUGUAACAAGUUAUGUUUUGGAGAAAGUAAAAGAUCACCAAGAAUCCUUGGACCUAGACAAUCCUCGGGAUUUCAUUGAUUGCUUCCUGAUCAAAAUGGAACAGGAGAAGCACAAUCAACUGUCUGAGUUUACUAUUGAAAGCUUGCUGGCCACUGUAACUGAUCUAUUUGUAGCUGGAACAGAAACAACCGGCUCCACUCUGAGAUAUGGACUUCUGCUCCUGCUGAAGCACCCAGAAAUUACAGCUAAAGUCCAGGAAGAGAUUGAACAUGUGAUUGGCAGACACCGGAGCCCUUGUAUGCAGGACAGAAGUCACAUGCCCUACACAGAUGCCAUGGUGCACGAGAUCCAGAGAUACAUCAGCCUGAUACCCAACAAUGUGCCCCAUGUGGCCACCUGUAACAUUAAAUUCAGGAACUACAUGAUCCCCAAGGGCACAGACUUAAUAACAUCACUAACAUCUGUCCUGCAUGAUGACAAGGCAUUUCCUAACCCAGAGAUAUUUGACCCUGGCCACUUUCUGGAUGAAAGAGGCGACUUUAAGAAGAGUGACUACUUCAUGCCUUUCUCAAUAGGAAAACGCAUGUGUGUGGGAGAGGGCCUGGCCCGCAUGGAGCUGUUUUUGUUCCUGACCACCAUCUUACAGAAUUUUAAGCUGAAACCUGUGGUUGACCCCAAGGACAUCGACACCACCCCCAUUGCCAGUGCGUUUGGCCGGGUGCCACCUUCGUACCAGCUCUGCUUCAUUCCUGCCUGAAGAAGGGCUACUGGCUGCUGCUGUGCCAUCACCUGCCGCUUCUCCUCCUUGGCGGCCUUGUCCACCCUCUCACUCUCAGGGAUACCCUCUCUCACCUGCCUCUCGCAACCCCAUCCCCUCCCGACCCAGUGAUCUGCAACCUUCGUUAAGGAGAGGGUCCUGUAUCACUUUAUAGAUAUAUUUGCUAUUCCUUGUACUCUGUAACUCUUGCCUCAACCAACACAGGUGCUAAUACUUACCUAAAGCUGAAUUACUAAAAUGUCAUCAUAGUAAAACUGCACAACAAUCUAUGAUGACUCAGAGCCAUGUAUUCCCUGCAUGUUCUGAACAAAAAUACUGUCAUUGCUGGGUCAGUUCUUAGAAAUUUGUUUUUGUGCAUAAUGCAGAAUAAAAAACAAUAAGUCAAAGCCACAGUGAGAUACCACCUUGCAUCCAUUAGGAUAGCCAUUUUAAGAGAGAGGGAAGGAGAGACAGGGCCAAAAAGAAAACAGGAGGUUGGGAGAACAUAUAAAGGAUGGAAAUCUUGUGCAUACUGUGGGCAUUGAAAAAUGAUGCAGUCACUGUGAAAAACAGUAUAGAGAGUGGUUCCUAAAAAAAUUAAAAUUGAAUUAUCAUGUGACCAAUCAAUUCCACUUCUGGGUACAUUUUCAUGGGAGAUAAAAGCAGUGUCUUGACAGUUUGACAUAUUUGACUCCAUGGAAAUGUAUGGACCAGGCUAUAUGGGCAAUGACCAAACAGACUCCAUUUCAACUGAGACUCCAUGUUAUGCAGGAAAUGCUUCUCCUGUGGGAAUACCCCGCCUCUGUACCCAUCAAUGGUUGUUUAACAUAGCAUAUUUGGCAACACAAAAUGGUAAUUCUUAUAUAAUGUAAAAUUGUACUCUUUUUGAUUCUUAUUUUUCUUAGACAAUGUACCAUGUCAACAGCGAUUGUGUAAAUAUAAGCAACCAUUCUUUAACCUGUACCCAACUAAGGUCAUUUUGACUCACUUUCCCUUCUGCUUAUGAUUUUUGAUCUCAUGAUGUUAGUUUGUAGUUUUGAAUCAUAGUAACAGACACUUAUGAUUGAUAUACUGACUUAUGGUAUAAAAACCCCUCCAACCUUAUGGUUGGAGCUCUUCUCCCAAUAGCCAUUUUGGACAUUGUGUAAGACAACCAACUGGCUGGCUGAUAAAGACUCUCAGAUUUGGACUUCUCGGUGGUGAUGGGUCUGUUCUUAAAAUUACACCCCACAACAGUGUAACAAAGGUAUUUUUACCUAGGUGUUCAAAGUUGCAUUAUUCACCAUAGUCAAAGGGUGGAACCACUCCUGGUGUUCAUCGAUGAAAGACUGCUAAGCAAAUGUGUGUUUUUUGCAUAUAAUAGAUAUUAUUAAUGCCUUGUAAAGAAAGGAAAUCUGAUAUAUCCCAUAAAAUGGAGAAAACUUGAAGACAUUGUGCAACAUUUGCUAAGUCAGUCACAAAAUUAUAAAUAUUAUAUUAGUCUACGAAUAUGAGCUAUCUAGAAUGAGGAAAUUCAUAAAACAAAGUGUCUGUGGGUUAUGUGGGUGGUCAGCAGGGACAAAAAGAGGUUAAAAUCAGGGGUUCUUUGUAUAAAUUUUCAUUUUGCAAAUUGAAAAACUGUCUACUAAAAGUCUUAAACUGGUAAAUUUUAUAUUAUGCCUUACUGCUGUCAUGGUUAAUUUGAAUUGUCAACUUGAUUGGAUUAAGAGAUGCAGAUAAUUAAGAGGCUUCUAGGUGUGUCAAAGAGGGCUAGGAGCAAUUGGAAUGUGGAACAGUGAACUGAAGUGGAGCCCCUCCCCAGUAGGAUGGUGGCUUGGAUGGAAUAAAAGUUGGAAGAACAAGGAAGCAGAUGCAGAUGCAACCUUGUCUCUUCUUGAAAGGGUUCUUGAUUGCUGAUUCAAUUGUCUGAGAUAUUGGACUCUUGCUUUUUCACUCUUCUGAAGCGGACUCUGCUAGUCAUUCCCCAGGUCAUUUCCAGAAGCCUUGGUCUUGGACUGAAGUAUCACUGUGAUCCUUCUUUUUCUGGGGCUUCUGCCUCUUGGACUGCACAGCUACUGGUUCCUCCAGCACUCCAGCCUGCUGAUGGCUGUUGUGGAUUAUCCAGCUUCUGGUCGUGUAAGCCAAUCUAAAAACUCCCCUUUUCACAAUCAUACUUCCUGUUGAUGCUGUUCUUCUAGAGAACCCUGACUAAUACAACCACAAUUCAAGUAUCCUAUUCAUAUUCCAAAAAAUUACUAAUUACAUAAUUUAGUGCUAUAGUUUGUAUCUGGAACAUUCCCCAAAAGGCCCAUGUGGUACUGAGUAGGAAUCUUUAAGAAGUGGGGCCUAGUGGAAGGUCUUAGUUCACUGGAGGUGUGCACUUGAAGGGGAUUGUGGAAACCCGUGUGAACUUUGUCUUCCUUUCUUGGGCAUGAGCUGAAUGUUUCUGCUCUGUGAAGCCUUACCACCAUUACAGGCUGCCACAACACAGUGCUGAAAGCAAUGAAUCCAACUGAUCAUGAAAUGAAACCUCUGAAACUCUGAAUCAAACUAAACCUUCUCCCUUUAUACGUUAGGUAUUUUGUCACAGUAACGUAACUAUGUGACUAACACAUACAGACUGUAAAGUAGAAUGAGGAAACCUUAAUGAUGUUUAUUUAAUAAAGCUAUCAUGAAAGUUAUAAUAUAAUCAAGACACAAGAGAGGACUUUUCCUCUAGUCGCAUAGCUCCAAUCCCAGUAAAUGUCAUGGGAGCAGGGUGGGCAGAUGUUUUAUCCUGAUUUCAAGUCUCUGGCUCAGCGCCUCUGCAAUUCCUUUGGCAGUGAAGGGUGAGGAGUCCAGUGGGACCACACUUAUAGCUAAGGUUCCUCACUAAGUCCUUUCAUCCUCAGGAUCUGACUCUGGUUCCAUCGAUUGGUACUAAAAGAUUAGGGAAUGCAAAUUCAAAUGUUGUGGAAAGAAUGAACCUCCUUUUUCUUUAUAAUAAAAGAACAACCCUUUUGGACCCUGGACAACAGAUUAGGGAAUAAAGUUGAGGGACAUAUUGCAGCCACACAGAGGCCUCAAGAGAGGGAUGAGGUGCCCUUCUAUCUUAGGAGGAGUGUCCUGUAUACAGAAAUCAGGAGCAGAUGUUCCCUGCCAACUGGUCCAUUGGGAUCACCAAGUGCCCAAGGAUUCAUAUAGGGAAGCUCUAGCUCAGUCACAGUUGAGUGAUCAUUUUUGACUGGAGUCUAAAACAUGCUGUCCUCAGUUCUUUCAGCCUCUCAAGCUCUUAACCAAUAAUCACUAGAUUUUAGUUCCAGGAAAAGAAUCUGCUUUGGUGAAGAGACAAUGUUUCUUAUGAACAUUUCAUCUAGAACUUUGAUUCCUUCUGUGUAGCUCUCUAACUCUUCAUUGUUUUGGUUAAUGGGAUCAUUUCCCUCCAAACAUUUAACCUCUUCAUGGUUUUCCUUGACUGGCAAUAACCAAUGUCUCUUUCUUCUGUGAAUAAAAUCCCACCAUUUUGUAUUCUCUCUGCACAAGAUACUUACUGUAUUCUUAAGCAUGUACUCCCUAACUCUGCUCCCUGAGCAGCUCUAUGUCCUGUGACAUCCUCAACCCAAUACAUACACCCAAAACUCUUAUACUGAGUUGAAUUUCUGAUUUUUGAAUAAAGGGAUCCAGUCAUAUUUGGAAAAUGGCUGAUUGAGAAGUUGAAGCAGGGGAAAUAUAAGAUGGAUCUAGAAUAUGUUGCAGUGCCAAAAACAAAACAAAAUGAAAUAUGAACAAUAAAAGAAAAACAAAACCAACAACAACAAAAAGAGAAAAUAGAAAGUGAUCAAGAAUUGACAGCAUCAUGAAAAGGUUUAUAAAAUCUAGUGACAUAUAUUACAUUUGAACACUGAAAUAUAUAAUGGCAAGAACCAUUAAAUCUAUGCUUCCUUUUUGGUAUAAAUAAAGGAACAACUUGAAAGUUUGAUGAGAAA